AUGCCAUAUGAAGAAUUGUGUCUUAUUUUCUUUUCCGUUUGGGGUACUGAUUGGGGUACUGAUUGGGGUACUGAUUGGAAUACUGAUUGGAAUACUGAUUGGGAUACUGAUUGGGAUACUGAUUGGGAUACUGAUUGGGAUACUGAUUGGGGUACUGAUUGGGAUACUGAUUGGGAUACUGAUUGGGAUACUGAUUGGAAUACUGAUUGGGGUACUGAUUGGGAUACUGAUUGGGAUACUGAUUGGGAUACUGAUUGGGAUACUGAUUGGGGUACUGAUUGGGAUACUGAUUGGGAUACUGAUUGGGAUACUGAUUGGGAUACUGAUUGGGGUACUGAUUGGGAUACUGAUUGGGAUACUGAUUGGGAUACUGAUUGGGAUACUGAUUGGGAUACUGAUUGGGGUACUGAUUGGGAUACUGAUUGGGAUACUGAUUGGGAUACUGAUUGGGAUACUGAUUGGGAUACUGAUUGGGGUACUGAUUGGGGUACUGAUUGGGAUACUGAUUGGGAUACUGAUUGGGAUACGGAUUGGGAUACUGAUUGGGGUACUGAUUGGGAUACUGAUUGGGAUACUGAUUGGGAUACUGAUUGGGAUACUGAUUGGGGUACUGAUUGGGAUACUGAUUGGGGUACUGAUUGGGAUACUGAUUGGGAUAAACAAAACGAGAAGCAGAUGCUUAUUAAGAUCUAUAUUUUAUCUACAGUCUUUAUAAUGAAGGAUUUCCAAAUUUAG